AUGCGCACCAAAAUCACCUACUCACUGUCAUCUCUAGAGAUCCACGGGGCCGGAGUUGAAACUGUAUACUCCGGUGGGCCUUCGUCCGCGAUCACUGAGGAACGCACCAGUCCCCAGGAGAUUUCAUCUCCCAGACCGACUCCCGAGAUUAUCCCGUUGUCUUCAUCUGCGGAGUGCACUGGCUCCAAGGCCGACCUGAUUAAGUCCACAGAUGCCGGCAGGCCCAUGGGUGACGAAGGAGACGAGAAAAUCGUUGCCCAAGAGGAGCCGCGCAAGCGGAAGAAGAAGGCUGGCCGCAAGAAGAAGCGCCUUUCCAAGCGCGGGAAGAAACUCGCGGAGGAGAACGGACUCUCGGAGGCACGAGUAGAUGCCGAUACUCCCCAGCAAGAGGGCCAUCAGCAGGAAAUGGCUGGGAGUAUUUUUUACAAUACUGGCCAGCCCCUGCCCCCUCGAGCUGAGCCCACAUCCUGUCCUGCGACGCCUCCAAUGUCGCCGAUGAAGGAUGACCAGGGUCAACAGGGAGCGGACAACCUUGCACCCCUGGUUACGGCAGCCCAGUUUCUUGAUGUCAAUAAUCCAUCCUCUGCAGCUGCAGCGGAUCUAUCAAGGAGACUGGGUUCAGAUACUCUGCAACACGCCAGACAUCAAAAGCUGGCUUCAAUUCCAGAGGUCACUGAAGCCGAACCAGGAACGGCAAUGCUCAUGCCAAUGAGCAAUUCACAAGGCGGCAGACCUGCCUGGAGUGCCACCCCAGCCACGACGCCCAGUUCUACUGUGGUAGCAGCGGGGCGCAUCAUCCAUGAUGCAUCGCUUGCGUUGACGCCUGCCAUGACGCCCAGCCGCCCUCCUGCGGCAAUGCUGUCAGCAGGACGUAUGCAAGUCGGUGGGUCACCGGCCAGCAUUUCACCGGUGUUUGAGCCCGGUCUUCAGACUGUGGUAUCUGCCGGACGUAUGCAGGUCGCCGAGUCCGUCCCCGGGGCUAUCCCAGCCAUGACGCCCGGUUCAAGUAUCGAGGUACCAGCGGGACGCACCCAAGAGUUGCUCGUUUCAACUCCCGUCGCAACCCCUUGCGACGCCCAUCGCGAAAGACCUUCUCAAAGGCAGCUGGCAUCCACACCCGGCGCAGCGUUCAUGGGACUACCAGGAGUGCUCGGGAUCCGUCAUUAUUUCCCCGGUCCAGCACCCUACCCCAUGGACCUCGUCGGAGGUGCGUAUUAUGCAACGCUCCCGAUCAACAUCCCUCCGGCCCCCGUAACGACGCCUGACAGCGUGGUGGUUCACAACAAGGAGCAGAUCACCGGACAAUCUUUCUGGGAUCUGACCUACCACACGUUCCAGUGCGCCCUAUGGAGGUGUGAGAAGCAGUGCCACCUUUGGGACUCUCAAUCUGUCGUCUGCCCCGCCUGCGGUCCGUUUUCGAGCGUGAUAUACUGCAGCAAAGAUCAUAUGCGGGAAGACGCGAGUGCCCACUGGCUGUACUGCGGACAGGGCACGUUUGAAGCUCCGUGCAAGGAGAACAGCGUGCCUCCGGACGUGUUGAUCGGGCCUCCGCUGAUUCCCAACUUACAUGGUUGGGACUCCCCAGAGCGCUUCCGUCAAGGCCUCUGGUUCUGUACCGCUCGACAAGAAGGAGACUACUUCAUUUUUGCCGAUUGGGAAGACCAGGUGGCCGCGGGAAUUGCGCCGGGGAGCGCGGAUGGUCGUUGUUCGCCGCGCCUGCUGGCAAUCGUCCGAUUUGACGACCCAGCAGAGAAGGACCGUUUCCGACGGAUCCUUGCAGUGUGUCUGUUCGCCUCCAUCGAGGUUCAGCCUCUGGUGGGGUACAUGUACCGUCUCCUGCGGGACCGGCUGGUGCAAGCCGGACGCUUCCAUCCCCAGGUUGAUGUCAUGCUCCGCCACCAGCUACAGCUUGAACAGGGAGUCACCAUCCUCCCACAACUCGUGGGGCAGCGACACGCUUGUGAGACCGAAUGGGAUGGUCUGGGUCCGCGCCACUGUCGGGAUCCGAUCUGCAUGGCCGAGCGGCCGAUGCAGCUGGGUGAUAUGGGAUGGGGUCGUGGGUUCCGGAGCCUGUGUACAUUUAUGGAGUCCUGUCAUUGGAUUCUGCGGGCGCACCGGACCACCCAUCCAACCACAAGCAGCAUCGCCGACCGAACACGCGGAGACGGGUUCGACGACGUCGUCCUGGAGGAUAGGAGAUCCUUCCGACGUGGCGAGGGUUGGGAUGGGGCUGGGACAGGCCCCAUGGAGAUCGAGAGUCCGGUCUGGCGCUAA